AUGUACGACAACGGCGAGCCGCCCCGGGUCUCGACCGCCCGCGACCCGGUGGUUCACGCCCAGCAGCGCAAGACGCUCUCGAAUGCGUUCAGCGCCAAGGCCCUCCGGGACCAGGAGGACGUCAUUCAGCGAUAUGUGGACUUGUUUAUUCAGAAGCUUGAUGAAUGGGGUGAAUCUGGCAAGACAGCCAUCAAUAUCACGCCCGCGUAUAACUGGCUCAUGUUUGAUAUUAUUGGUAAAACUUUCCAACCUUGCCUUCCCCAUCCCCCGCGUUCAGACACGCACUCCUGCGCACACAGAUCAAUUUCUAACUGGCAGCUGGCCCGCAACAAGGCCCUGCGCCGGAUGGAGAUGGGGGACAUGGGGCGGGCGGACUUCUUCAGCCACAUCCUGGCCAGGGGCGCCUGGGACGUCGACACCAUCGCCAGCCACACGCAGCUCCUGGUCAUAUCCGGGUCGGAGCCCAUCGCCACCGCGCUCGCCGCGACGACGUACUACCUGCUCAGGAACCCGGAGGCCCUCCAGGCCCUGCAGCGCGAGGUGCGGGGUGCGUUUGCGUCUGGCCGGGAGAUAACAGGCGACGCGACCAGCCGGCUCAGGUACCUCAACGCCGUCAUCGAGGAGGGCCUGAGGCUGUUCCCGCCGUCGGUGGUCCCGCUCUCCCGGUACUCCCCGGGCGCGACGAUCGGCGGCCACUACGUGCCCCCCGGCGUGUCCGUCUUCAACAACGGCUACCCCAUGUCCCGGGACGCGCGGUACUGGGACUCGCCGCACCUCUUCAGGCCGGAGCGCUGGCUCGGGGCGGGCUCUGAGCUGAUGAAGAGGGCCAGCCAGCCCUUCUCCACGGGGCCGCGCGUGUGCCUCGGCGUCAACCUGGUGUAUCUCGACGUGCGGAUCGCGCUGGCCAAGGUCGUCUUCAAUUAUGAUUUGGAAAUGGAAUCCAAGGAUCUGGAUUGGGAACGCGAUGUUGUGCUGCAAGGCGUCUGGAAGAAACCGGCCCAGCUGGUCAGAUUCCACAAGGUGCCCACAAAGGUCUCUUGA